UGGUAAGCCUGAGCUGAAUGUAGACCCAGUAUGUAAUGUUCUCAGUCUGUAAAUCAGCUGUGCAGCAAAGCAAGCCAGUAAGAAAAGGAUAACUGAAAUUCAAAUCUGAAUGGACUUGGGUACUGAGCUUGUACAUAAAUGGGGAAAAGAUUCUCACUGUAUGGGAAAACAAUUGCCUGUAAUUUAAAUUAACUCAAUAUUGGCAAGUGGUAAAGGGGAAUUUCAUUGUGCCUAUUUGGAUAUUAGUAACGAGAGUAUAAUUAAUUCUGAUUUACUGCUGAUAAUGGGGUUUCAUUGUAUAAAAAGAAUAGUUUUUCCUCGUUCUUGUAUUAGAUCUCCAACCCAAGUUGGAGUAUCAAAUCGGAAUGAAGAGUAAGCAAUAUUGAAAAUGGGACGCGUUUGCAUUUUAUGAGUCAUACUUAUGAAAAGUGGGACAUUUGCCUGUACAUAUAAAAACGAGGAGUGUUGAACGCUGCAGAUUCUGUGUGUGGAUUGUCUGUGUAAUGCAAUGUGAAGUAUUUUUGUUGAUGUGAUGGCGAUAUUUCUUACAUUGACUUGAAACACUGCCCCAAAGGGAGGAUGAGCAUUCAAACCUCUAGAUCUCUGCUGUGUUGUUUUCAUGGUGAUCUUGAUGCACCCAGUUUUAGUGAUGAAGGAAAUUCUUUACCCUAAAUAUUGGUAAAUUCUGUGUUUAAAAGUUUGCAAUAUACUGGGAGCAUUAAGAACUGUGUUCAUUCUGAACCUGUCAAUUUUCACUGAUAACAAAUGCUUUAUAAAUGCAUCAUGAAUAACCAGUUUGAAUUUUGACCAUGUACCCAGGCUGUAAAACUAAAUCUGCCUUCUGGUUAUACGGACAGAAAUACAAGUAUUUAAUAUUGUUGAAUUAGCUGUUUUGUGUUCAGCCAUUACUUUGAACUGAAAAUUCUGGAACUACACUUUGUUAGUAUCUUGGAGAAAAGAAGAGUUAAUGUUUGAAAUAUUAAGCUACUUAUCUUUCAGAUGCAAGUCAAGUUGCUGUUUAUUUAUGUUCUUCACUGAAGAAUGAUGUGAGGGAUCCAGGCUGAGGUUUGUUCCAGCUGAAAUUUGAGUAGUUGCACAGAGUGGCAACACGAGGCAUGGAUGAUUAGAGUUCAACAUUGAUGCUACUACAUGACAAAGCAACAGAAUUGGUUUAAAUCUCAAUACUUUUGAUCAUUCGUAUGCAGUUGGUUUUAGUUUUAAUAACAUUUAAAAUGCACUUUAUGUUUCUGCUGCUCAUGGUUGCAAAGUUUCCACUGUGUACUGUUCUUGUCAUAAUCUGAGGCUGGAUUUGUUUAAAAUAAUUGGCAGAAUAAAUUUGUUUGGAAAAGUUCCUUUGUGUCACUUGCACCUUGAUGAACAACGAGUGUUCUUAUAACUUUGGAUAGAGGAGCAUUAAAGGAAGAGUUUGGAAUAUGAAUAGGGGACACAAUCCUGGACACUGACACCUACUGUUUUCUUUUUUAAAAAAACCCUACGGAGAAAUUAUGCCUGUUAGAGUAACCUAGCCUGUGCUGCAUUGGCUAGGUCUGGACGUGCAUUCAGAUUACACAUUCCCAAUGUUACACAUAGGUCACCACACCUCUCAUGCUUGGACCUAACCUGUUCCUAUCUAUAUGUCACUCAUGAAUAGGUACGGCCCAUUUUGUGAACAAACCAAUAGGGAGUUGGAGCUCGGUGACAGACAGAUAGGCUGACCUAUCAGCGAGAACGUCAGGUCCCAACCGCCGGGGCAUCCGACCAAUCAGCGGCCGCUCUCGGCGAGGGGACAACAGCGGGAAAAAAAACGGUUCGGAGAAUGGCGGCGCCCCGUGUCUCGGGGGAGACUUCGGGCUGAGUGCGGCCAGAGUGUCUGAGGUGAUGGUACCAGACAACCUUCGACUCUGCGGCAGGCAGUGAGGGCUCUUUUUCCAUGGGACAUUUCUAUCUCUUGCUGGCCUUUCACUAUCGUUCCUGGGGCAAUUUUUCAGAUUCCCUAUUCCGAGCACUCGGUACUUUACUCGCACUGGGACUUUAUGGACUUGUUCUUUGAUGAUCUAUCCCUAACGGAUGUCCAACAGCAUCCUACUUUCUUAGUUAGAAAGCUGAGUUGAAAUCCCAGUGCAGUGUUCUGGCACCGUCGUAGUGUCCUCACUUCUGAAUCAGGAAUUUUUAAUUCCCACCUAUUACAGAGCAACUGUUGAGUUAACUAUUGGGAGAUGUCACACUCUGACUAUCUGCAGUCUCUUCGAGAUCAGAACAAAUAUCUGCUGCAGAAGCUGAAGCUAAAGCAGUUAAAGAUUCCAUGGAAUGUGCUUGUGCCCCGUGAGAGUUGUGAUGGACCCUGUCGAACUGCCAUCAAGUCAAUGCAGAGCAGAGCUUCUACAGAUUACCAAGGGGACUGCAAUAACAGGAGUACAGAGCAAAAACGUGGAAAUUCCCUAAAGAAUUUGAAGGACCAGGCUCAUUCAGAACUGCCAGGUCCAGACAUGAGUGAAGAUAAUUCACAGCAGCCCAAUGAGAUGGUUCUGACUGAGUCCCAAAAGAGAAGGGAAGCAUCUCGAGCUGCACUAUCCUUUCCAUUGGCACACAGAGGCAGAAAGCAAGGCUGGACCAUUGGUGCUGGAGAUGGAGCAGGCAUGGAGCAGUCAGACUGGUUACUUGGGAGUAAAGCCCGGGUGAUUCCUAACAUGGAACAGAACUGUUCUUUAUCAAUUGGUAUGUCACCUAAAGGUCACCUCAAUGCAGUGGAGACACUAGACUGUGAAUGGAAUAAUCUGAAGCCAGAGGCCAGACCCAGAAGCACCCCUUGCAAGUUGCUGACUGAUUGCUAUGUGUCAAAAGAUUUUAAAUGCUCAACUCCUUUUACCAAGCCCCCCACUGCACCAAGGUUAAUGAGAGAGUCUGUGUACCCUGCUUCAGGACAGCUUUGUAGGGAUGAAACCAACUUUAAGGGAAGCAGACCCAGGCAUCAUUCUCAUUUCCUACAGAACUUCAGUGAAGACCCAAAGCCAAGGUCCAAGCUGGAGCCACCACUUUAUGUAGAACAACUGUUGGAUGAGGGUAAUGAUCGACAGAGAGAGCGAUUUAUCAGAGACAUUCAGAAGCCAAAACCAAUCCUUUUAGAAUCUCAUGAUAAGGUGGCAAAGGUGGAUAUGGGUCAUGUCACAUUCCUGUCUCCGAAAGAGGAGUCCAGCCUUAGGGCACAGGUUCAGGCAGUGCAACCCUUUCUGGGUUAUGAUUGGAUAGCAGGUCUGAUGGACAUUAACUCGCCAAUGUCAGAAAAAUCAGAGCAGUAUUUUUUGGACCUGCAGGACUUCCGACGGGUGAACAAGGAUGAAUGUGUGCACCAGGAAUACAUGGAAGCAGAGGAUCUUGAUUUUCAGUCCACAGGUCAGGAGAAGCUUGAUAUCGACCAUCAUGUUCAUCAAUGCACUCACUCUUACCGUGUUAAUAAACGUCUAUUUGCUGUCCCACUGGAACCAGCAGCACCUUGUCCUGUUUGUAAAACUCCUAAGGCUAAGCAGCCGCACACUCUGGAGGAACCAGCUUAUAUCAGCACUGCCUUUUGGGCUGGAGGAAUACCUUGCCCUCCACCACUCCUAUUGCAAACACCCUGGACCUGCGCAGCACAGUGGAGGCCAAAAAGAUUUCCUCUCCACUGGGCCCAAACCUGCCCAACCUGAGUCCUGCUGCAUCUCGAGUGGCUGGAGGUACCAGAUCCGAUGAACUGCUAAACCGUUCACGUUUGACAGCCUACCAGUUUCAGAGACUAAGACUGGACAGUCCUUAUUCAACAUUCUACUAACACCUAAUGUCCCUGGACAUAUACUUCCAUUCAGUGCCUGACCUUUGAUGGAUCCCAAAGGAUUUUUAAUCUGUUUUUAUCAGUAAAGUCUGGUUUGGGGAUGAGUGUGUGUAGUCACCUUUGAUAGUCCAAGAAAGGAGGGGUGGGGGAAUGACAGAUAGUGUGUUACUAGCAUAUCAGAUCCUGGCUGUACAAAUCCAGUCCAUUUCAAAACAAAAAGAAAUGCAAAUUUUGGAGAGGAAUUAGAACAAUUGUACUACACAGCAAGUCAGUCGAUUGUGAGAGGUGUUAAAAUUCAGUUUGACCAUGAAUUAGAGUUAAGUGCACAUUCUGUUGUCAGCUGUAUUCAUUUCAGUCAGCCAUUGCAGAAUGACAAAAACCCUGUUUACAUAUUUAAUUGUGGUAUCCAGUAAAGGUAGUGUUUUGUUGAAUGAACUCCAAGGAUUUCUUGAUACUGCUAAUUGCGCCAAGGCUUUCUGGAACAAGAAGACAGCUGGAAUCGAAAAUUUCAUUAAGUGAAAUUGAUUGUGUUCUUGUUUGUCUGUACACUAAGCAUGGCUGUGUAUUUGUUUGAGAGUACAAUUGCACACUGUCUGUGCAUCCACUUUAACAGAGUAUGACAUACUAAACCUUCUGUGCUGCAAGCACAUGCCAUUUGCAGUAAGCAAGCAACAAAUUUCAGCUGAAGAAGAGUUAUUUUUAACUUUUUAAAAUAUUGACACCAAACAUUAAAACAAUGAGAAAUCACUGGUUGAAUAAAUAGAAAUGGAAUGCAAAAAGUGAUUACUGGCGAGUAGUAUGAUUGGGAAUGCAGUGUGCCAGCAUCAGUUGAGCAAUGAGAAUCCCUGCGCAUAUGCCCUGAUUGGGCUGUACCAUUGAGGAAUCUACCAGCUUAUGACAAAAAAAGAUGGAAAAUUGCUGAAGUAUGAGGUUGCUCUUCUGACUAGAGUGAUUUCAACAAUCAUGUUGUCAGCAACAGUGGGAGAGUGUCAGUGUCUUCUGUUUGAUCCCAGGUUCCCAUCAGAGAGGAUGGGACUGACUCUUAUCAUCUUAACUAGGGGGUUGCUCAGUCGUGACUUGCUGUGUAAAAAAAAGAUUAACAGGCUGUGAGCAGGUUUGAUUGCUAAUAUCUGCAUCUGAUGUGUUAGUUUAGCCUGUAACUUCCUGUCUUUGUCUGAAAUUGUAACCUGAAUGCUGCAUGUUUUAAUCAUUAAUCACUGUGCAAUGUUCUGACUGCUAGCUGAAGCCUCGUAUUGUUAUCUUUUACAGCUUUUAAUCUUUUGAAGCCUUUGUUGUAAUCAAUUUUUCACUUUGAAACUCCCUCAAUAAAGUAUUCUAUAUUUGUUAAGAU